CUCUUUUAACUAAUUAUUGUGCUUGCCACGGCAGUUUCUGCCCAUACACAUACACAUACUUCUACUGAUUUACAUACAUGCUUACUUACUGCUUAUACUCCCUACCACGAUGAUACCACAACGACCAACAUUGUACGUGGUUGCUCCCCAUCUGGAGGAAUACAACAUCCCGCUGUCCGCCUUCGCCGCGGCCCGGCCUCAGUUCCACAACAUCGUCGCCAGUGCUUUGAUCUUCUCGACCACUGUACCUGAGGAGGCGUCGCCGUCGUCAUCGUCCAUCACUGCAUCAAGUUGUUCCACUACUGCCACACUGCUCAGCGCCUCCUCUUCACCAGCAACAGACUCAGCGCCGUCUUCACCCUCCUCUACGUCUACUACGUCUACAUCUACACCCACAUCGCAAACCUCAACCCCAGCAACAACCCCAUCCCAAUCGCCAUCCCACUCCCCGUCAACACCCCCUACCCCAGAAACAACCACCGCGCUCACCCCCAACCACAACAGCAAAUAUCCAAAGGAACCAAAAACCCUCCUCCUCCAACGCAGCCACACUGACCCCCACCCGCUAAGCUGGGAAAACCCAAGCGGCGUCCUCGACGCGACCCGCGACGCCACCGUGCUGGCCGGCGUGGCGCGCCAGGUGCGCGAGGAAACGGGGUUCCAUGUGUCGCGGUUCGUGGAUCUAGUCUGUGUUGACGAGUGGACGAAGAUGAAGCGCGGCGUGCUGCUUCAGGAGACUAAGUUGACGUUUUUGGUGGAGGGGGUUUAG